AUGGCCAGUAUCUUGAACUUGAGUCAGAAGCUAAAGGGUAAAACAGGGCUGUACACGAUCACAAAGCAAAUUCAAGAUACCGUUUGGCUAGCAACGGCGCAGAACAAAGACGUGACCAUCGUCAAAAGCGUCGGACACUUUCGUCUCCAAAAUGAACGAGACAUUCUUCUUCAGUUCCAAUCCCAAUCCCCAUAUAUACGGCCCCUUCUGGAUGAGAUUGAGGAUCGUCAGGGUCCACCUGCCCUGAUCCUUAGACACCUGGAUGAUGAUCUUUUAUGCGCGUCUAACAGUCGACGGCUUUCGCGUCUCGAGGUCGAAUACGUCGCGAAAAGUGUGCUAAAUGCGUUGGCUGUUCUACAUCGGGAGGGCUUUGUCCAUACUGACAUCAAACCUAGUAACAUACUGGUGAACUACCAGCAGAGUGAAGUUCGAUUCAGCGAUGUCCAGCUGGCAGAUUUCGGAAGUACCGUCCAUAUCGACUCUCCCUACGCUCGGGAUGGGGAUGAAAUCGGAACGCCGAUUUUCAGGAGCCCAGAGGCGCAAUUACAAAUGCGGUGGGGGACUGCGACCGACAUUUGGUCUUUUGGAGCAACACUUAUUAGCCUCUUGUACGGGGAUGGGUUUCAUAUUUUUAAGCCCGAUGUUCCAGUUGACCACGAUGAGUAUGAUAUCAAGAUUCUGCGGAAGCACCAUGCCUGCUUUGGGCCGUAUCCUACAUCAUAUCAGGAGAUUGCGGAUCAGGAGCGGCUCGCGGCCCUAGGGUGGAUAAUGCAGAGUACUCCUCCGGGGGCGCUCAAACCGUUCCAUCUAACAACCUCCCGGGAGAUCUGUCAGGAGGAUAAGGAGUUUGUGCUUGAAAUUAUGAAGUUGGAUCCACGAGAUAGGCCUACUGCUGAUGCACUCAUGAGGGAUACAUGGUUUGGUCAGGAUGAGGGCGGUCCCUAG